AUGGGUUCAGCGUCCCAGAGAGGCUGCGUGUUCCUGCGGGGAGCAGACGCCUUCCUGAGUCUGAGCGCCACGACUGACACCGGGAACAAUCAUGCUGCUGUGCGGCCGCCAGCCCCCCCUGUCCCAGCAGGCGUUCCCCGGAGGUCAGCACGGACAACUUCUUCCAGAACCUGGACCGGUACUACAAACAAAGAACCCAUGAAAACCUCAGUGGACCGAAAGAAGCUGGAGCAGCUUUACAACAGCUACAAAGACCCUCACGAUGAGAACAAGAUCGGCAUCGACGGGAUCCAGCAGUUCUGCGAUGACCUGGCUCUGAACCCGGCCAGCAUCAGCGUUCUGGUGGUGGCCUGGAAGUUCAGAGCAGCCACACAGUGCGAGUUUAGCAGGAAGGAGUUCCUGGAAGGCAUGACGGAGUUAGGCUGUGACAGUCCUGGGAAACUGAAGGCCAUCCUGCCCAGGCUGGAGCUGGAGCUGAGAGAUGCUGCCAAGUUUAAAGACUUCUACCAGUUCACCUUCAGAUUCGCCAAAAAUCCAGGCCAGAAAGGUUUAGACCUAGAGAUGGCUGUGGCCUACUGGAACCUGGUUCUGACGGAUCGGUUCAAGUUCCUGGAUCUGUGGAACCGCUUCCUCCUGGAGCAUCACAAGCGAUCGAUUCCUAAAGACACAUGGAACCUCCUCCUGGACUUUGGCAACAUGAUUGCAGACGACAUGUCCAAUUAUGACGAGGAAGGGGCCUGGCCCGUCCUCAUCGACGACUUUGUGGAGUUUGCUCGGCCGAUUUUGAUGGCGAAUAAACGCAACGCGACAUAAUGUUUGCUUCACGAGGUGGAUGCAGUUCGUCUUUUCCUGAUGGAGACUUUUGAAACAAACGAGCCACAAAGAAACCACGUCCGAGUAAGCCUGCCCGCAGUUUGAGAUCAAUCUGCACAAAGUUGCCUCAGAAAGGGGAGUAAAACGGAAACGCUUUUAGUCGGAAAAGAGGCUCGGCAGGAGAGGGAUGGCUUUGUUGUUUUUGUCAUUUGCAAGAGUGGACAGACUCUGGAGUUGCGAUAAGAAAACGAUGAGAACACCAAGACGAGCAGCGCCUGUGGACUCGUUAAGCACAGCGUGAAUGAGCUUUAUUAAAUGAGGUAUAAACGCAGGGAGACCUGGUCGUGAAGGUAAAUCUGCAUGUUUUUAACGCGACGCUGAGAUAAAACGACUGCGCUCUGUCGCAAUAAGAGCUGAGAAAUUGUAUUGUUUGUGUGUGUUUGGGUGGGGCCUGAAAUGUUUUUCCUCCUGUGUUUAACGUUUUGGUAAUUUGCAGAGUGAGUGAAAAAUCAUUUUGUAUUGAGGCCGAAAAAAAAAAAUAGGAUGAAAUUUUAGAACAGAACCAUUUAAAGCAUAAGAAGCAUUUGGAAAUGUAAUUUUUAAACCGCUAAAGCUUUUAUUUAGUUGUUUUUGCGUCAUGUAGUCACCUGAACUCUAAGGUCUGACAUUAACUAUCCUGUGUGAUGGAGAGCAUUCACACCUGGCAGUAAACGUUACCUGCUCUGUGAGCAGAUGGAGCCUCGUAACUCCGUGGACUCUGUGAGCAAAAAGACCUCCUGAUUUUAUCAUUAACAAGUUUCAAACGCAUUUGUGUGGAGUUCUUUUUAGCACAGAACUUGAAACCAACUUAAUUACCUAACAGACGCAAUAUAUGAGAAACGAAGGUACAUGCACAAUGAUUAGUGACUUCACAGAGCAAAAAUGGAAUAUUUUAACCCAUAAACCUCCACCAAAGUUAAAAAAUGUGCCUUGACAGCCGCCUCUGCGCUUUCUGUGUCGUCGCUGUAAACAUAAAGCCACACUGGGUUUA